UUCGUGUCCUCAUUAUUAAUUCGCGUACGCGCUUCAAAGAAAGGCGAAAUAUCGCGUAAAAUACGCAUUUAAACAACUGGAAACAACUUGGAGAACGUUUUAGGAUAUAUAAGGAUGGGUGAACCAAAGUAUACCGACUGGAUUCUGGAAACUAUUGACCAGCUGCGCAAGAGAAAGGCUCGGCCAGAUCUCGAUCGGAUAUGUCACAUGGUGGAACGCAAACACGCUCUAAGUUUUGAAGAGACCGAAGCCGACCUUGAGCGUUUGGUGGACUCUGGAGUCAUCCUCAAAGUAGACUACAAGGGAAGCACAAGUUAUCGCAACGCAGCCAAAUGGAAGAAAAGUCACUUGGGAGGGAAUGUUUUGAAUUCGAAUGAUACAAGCCAGAGGAUUCGCAUUGCUGUGAAGGAACUUACUCAGGCUUGCGGAGAAGGCGGCGCAAAAGGAGCGACUUUGCGGGACAUUGAAAACUGGAUUGAAGCGCAAGGCGACAGCCCAAACUUGGUGAAAAACCAUCUCCUCGUUGUUAUCACGAGAGAAAUUGAUGCGGGGAGACUGAAAAGACUUCUGAGUGGACAUUAUGUUGUCGUGGAUACUAAGAAAGGUGGCAACACUGCUGGGAAAACAAACGGAAAGGGAAAGAGCGCAACUCAUCAAGGCAAAGCGCGUCUGCAAACUCUCAAGUACAAAUGCAUUUCUAAUGGCAAAAAGAGUCGUCCAAUUCCAUGCAGCAGGGCAAAACUUGGUCCAAAAUUAAAGAAUCCGAAGCACACUGUCGUCAAGAAGAAGGUGCCAGAACCAGUGUUUGAAGUGGACGAAGAACAGAGACCAAGUCCCCAUAAAUACAUCAGCCACUGCCCGAUAGAGGAGAAGUGUGACUACUGCCUGCUGACGGAAGAUUGCAAUAGAAAUGGAGAAGAAGAGGAUUUGCUGGUUUGCAAGGAUUGCAACGCAAAAGCUCAUCCCAGCUGCAUGGACUACUCUGCUGAACUGGCCUUGCGGGCCAGGAGUUCCCCUUGGCAGUGUAUGGACUGUAAGACAUGCUACAUCUGCAACGAUUCAGGAGAUGCUGCGGACAUGCUCUUUUGCGAUGCAUGUGAUAAAGGAUACCAUAUGAUGUGUCACAAGCCACAGAUAUCUAACAAACCAACAGGGAAAUGGGUGUGCAACCGUUGUGUUCUGGAGGGAUGCACGGUUGGAGAUGAAGCCAUGGAGACCAGCAGUAGACUCGGGGCACCCGUCAAUGCCGAUGGUCUCCAUUCAACCCUUGAUUCUCCUGUAGAGUUGAGCGAGACAAAGGCAUCACAGAUGAAAGGGGAACCAAUGGACACUGAUUCGUCCAUCGAAAAGAUGCCAGGGCUAGAGAUGAUUAAGCCAUUACCAGUCAUCGCAUCGGCUCCCAAAGAACCAGAUGCAGCUGAAUGGUCCAUUGAAAAGGUUGUCGAGUACCUGGAGAAGGAGGGAUUCAAAGAGCAAGCCGAGAAUUUCAGAGAGGAGGAAAUUGACGGAAAGUCACUCAUGUUGUUGAAGAGGAGCGACGUCUUGACAGGCUUGUCACUCAAAUUAGGCCCCGCCCUAAAGAUCUACCAACUCGUGCUCAAACUCCAGUCUGAUGGCGGAAUGAACUUUUGAAGGCAUAAUUCCAUUCACAGCAUAGACACAACCAAAGAAAGGAAGCAGUGACAUAACUCCGCUUAGAAAUCCAUGAUUGGGUGUGCGUUCACUUUCCAGGUGUCUGACAGACUAUGACCGAAGCUUUAGGGAUUGGUUGUUAAAUUUGUUCUGGCUCACGUACUAGGUCACGCCUUUGAUCUUGUAGAUCAACACUGCUUUAAGUUUUAUAAACCUGUGAGAGGGCUUGUGUACCGUUGCUUGAAUUCCCCCCAAAAAUCUGCCUCCAGCAGCAAAUUUCUCGGCAGCUUCGUUGGUGCUGCUAUUGGAAUUGUACAUGUGUACUUGUAUAUUUGCGAACAAAGUUUGUUCUAGAACAAAACAGACGGUAUUCUAAUACAGAUAGGAUAUAUCUGCCCAUUCAAUUUCAUUUUGCUGGCACCCUUUUAAGGAUAUUUCAUUAAAUUAGCUUGGACAUUUGUCAACCAUUAUCAUUAUUCAGAUGGCUUGCCAAUUAGAUUGUCGAUGAUCGCUAGGCAAUAGGUAACUUGCUAUUAAAUCAUAUAAGCCCAGAGUAGAGAUGUAUACCUGUAGCAGAUGGACAACCAUUAUAUUACUGAAAUGUCACGUGGUAUGACUGUAUAUUAAACUAAAAUCAUUAUGCACUGUUCUAGUUUAGCGGCUUUUAUAGUUGCUUCUGAUAACAUGUAACUCAAAUCACCGAGAGGGGAUGAAAAGGUGUGAUAGAAAUUUUUAUACUAGAAAAUCAAUCAUUACAUUUUAUAUUUUUUAUUUUGUUUCGGAUGCAAAGAACAUUAUGCCUGGUGCAAAUGUUCGACAUUUAAUAAAGUUAAAAACUGUCAGGAGUUAAAUUACGUGUAAUUUGGUCGAGUUAUUAUCAUCGUCUAUAAGUUGAUUUGUUUUUGUUUCAUUAUUAGUGUAAGAUGAGAAAAUCGUUCCCGGGAUGGAUAUUUGCGGUCAUAGCUUUCCGAAGCGUAACGGAUGCGGGCUGCCAUAGGUUUAGAAAUCGUCAGCCCUGUAACGAUCUGUUUUAUCGUGUUCAAGUUCAGAACUGUGUGUGGAUACUUGUUGUUAGAUACCUAACGUACCUCACUUCGUUUCUUUGAUUUGCAAAGGUCUACUGUAUACCCGGAGGUGUGUAAUAGCAUAAACACCGAUAUAAUGUGCAUAUUUUCAUGGGCUUCACAUAUUCAUAAAUUGGGCUUCACAUUAAAGUUCUCAGUUUGGUACGGUUAACCUCCCCCUUCGCAAAUCUAACAUUCAAGUUUCUCCAGGUUUUGAUCAUUAUAUAUAGGCCUAGACGAUAGCUAUUUGGAAUCAAUGUAUCUGAUCGUUAUGCUAAUCACGCAGUUAGUUGAUUACUGAAUAAUUGAUAUUUAAUUUAUUUGUUGCUUUCUUCUGUUUGCGGCACUUAUGUGUUUUUGCAUUCCAUGUUUUGAUGUGAAUCGUUAAUGCUGGUUCAUUCAAAUUGUACAGUUUCAUCGUAAUCAUUUAUAUAAUAAAGACG